GGGAGGGCGAGAGUCUCUGACUCAGGGCUGGUAGCCAAGCUGGGCUCUCAUUUCCGGAGGGGGAAAUGAGAGGCAAGAGCCCAAAGGGAAUGAGGGGGUGGGUAGGUUCCUGGAAACUAAAGGUACAGAGGCUGGCCACCUGGGUCAGCGCGAGGAGGGCACUGGAGGCCUGAACUUCUCCCACGGAGGAGGGGGCUGGGGUUGGAAGUUCGGGGUCUGAGGAAGGAGAGGCCUGGGGUCCUGGACCCCUGGGUCUGGAGACGUUUAUGUCAAAUCUCUGGAGAGUGACGUAGGCUUCCUGGGUUUGAUUUAUGGCAUGACCACCAUCACCCUGCUCCGGACGGGGUGGGGUAGGGGUGGCUGUGGGCAGGGCCACCCUGACGAUGGUUCCAACUUCAGGUGUGCAGCAGAGCCAAGCCUUUGAACCCCAACCUGGGGCCCCAGCCUCGGCGGCGGGAGGCUGGGAAGAGAAACUGGCUUCCACUCCCGCCUGUUCCUUCCCGUGCUCGGGGGAGAGGCUGCCUCCGGGAGGUGCCGGGCUAGAAAGGAGCUGUCAUGCGCGGGGUCCUCCACUCCCUCCGUAGGAGAGGCUGGGGGCCGCGACUCUGCAAUUUGCAGGCGCACGGAGCAGCCUGGCGAACAGGUUCUUCACCCCCACCCGGAGGGCGAGGCGGAGGGCGGAGAAUCUUCCUCCCCGCCCGGGCCUGGUGUCCAGGGGCCGUCCCUAGCGGCCGGGGCGUGGCCGGACUCCGCGCAUCCAGGUACCCAGGGCAGACUGUGAGCCCCGGCGCCGGGGAAGGAGGAGAAGUCGAUGGACCCGAACACCUGGGUCCAGCAUUGCGUUUGGGCGCUAGAAGUCCACGUCCACCGAAGGAUGCGGCUGCUGGAGGCCAGGUAGGCCGGCCCUGGAGAGCCCUGUGGCUGGCCGAGGCCGACGAGGAGGGGCCUGGGCGUAGGUCCCCGGGUCUGGGGAGGGCAGGGGGCGGGGGCUCCCACCCUAGCCUGGGGCGCCAGGACGGGGGCGGGGCUCCGCCCUGGACCUACCUGCCUAGCCCGGGAGGGGCGGAGGCUGCGAGCCUCGGAACCGCGCCCAUCUCCUUCCUCUCCUCCCCGAGCCCUUGGAGCCAGUCGGGGGAAGAGGCAUGGAGGGGAGGGCUGUCGAGCCUUGGGACCUGGAGUUCGGGGUUCCGGGGGCGGCCGGAUGUGGGCUGCACUUGCGGACGGCGCGCUCCAGCCUCGCCAAGCCGACUGCGGAUCCUCAGUCCGCCAGGAGCUCAGCCCCCUGCCUCCCUCUCAGGAAUCUGGACUAUCCACCCAGAUGGCCGCUUCGGUAACCAGAUGGGGCAGUACGCCACCCUGCUGGCCCUGGCCCAGCUCAACGGUCGCCAGGCGUUCAUCCUGCCCGCCAUGCACGCCACCCUGGCCCCCAUGUUCCGCAUCACCCUGCCGGUGCUGGCCCCCGAGGUGGACGGCCGCAUGCCGUGGCGGGAGCUGCAGCUGCAUGACUGGAUGUCGGAGGACUACGCCCACUUGGAGGACGCCUUUCUGAAGCUCACGGGCUUCCCCUGCUCCUGGACCUUCUUCCACCACCUCCGCGCCCAGAUCCGCCGGGAGUUCACCUUGCAUGAGCACCUGCAGCAGGAGGCCCAGGGUCUACUGAGCCAGCUCCGCCUGGGCCACACGGGGGACCACCCUCGCACCUUUGUGGGCGUGCACGUGCGCCGGGGAGACUACCUGCAAGUCAUGCCCCAUCGCUGGAAGGGUGUGGUGGGCGAUCGCGCUUAUCUCCAGCAGGCUAUGGACUGGUUCCGGGCCCGGCACGAAGCCCCCGUCUUUGUGGUGGUCAGCAACGGCAUGGCCUGGUGUAGGGAGAACAUUGACGCCUCUCGGGGGGAUGUGAUCUUUGCUGGCGACGGGCAGGAGGGUUCACCAGGGAAGGACUUCGCGCUGCUUAUGCAGUGUAACCACACCAUCAUGACCAUUGGGACCUUUGGCUUCUGGGCCGCCUACCUGGCUGGUGGAGACACUGUCUACCUGGCCAACUUCACCCUGCCUGACUCCAACUUCCUUAAGAUCUUUAAGCCCGAGGCCGCCUUCCUGCCCAAGUGGGUGGGCAUUAAUGCGGACUUGUCUGCACUCCAGUAGCUGGCGGGGCCUUGAGCAGCAGGGAGACUUUCUGGAAUCUCUCAUCAGUCUGGGACCAGCAUUUAUGCAUCUCCAGAGGCCUGGCAACUUCUGGAGAAGCUUGUGGUGGUAGUCCUGCAGCAGGCGGACCCCCAUUUCUAGAGGAAUUCUAGCUGGCUAGACCUGGAGAGAAAGGAGGGCUUUCCGUAGCUGUCGGAUAUUCUAGAACCAGCAGAAGAUCUUUUCCUGUUGGUUGGCAAUGCCCAGAGAGGUUCAUGUCAGUUCUAGAAGGCAAUGCCUACCUGCUCUUCCCAGCCCGUAUCCAGAGUACUUCUAGAUGGCUGCACCCCAAGAACGGGCAACUCCCCCUUCUAAUGUUGCCCCUCGUCUUUUCUAGAAGAGAGGUUCAGUCCUCAGGAUGGAAGGAAUUUGUGGGUAUUCUAGAGCAAGCACGCACCAACUCCUCUUCUGUGUUUCGGGAGUCGUUCUAGAGAGGGUCAGUUUUAGUGCCUGUGAAGAAUCCUGCAGGGCUUUUCCAAAGGGGAUGGGGUUCUGGAAUUCCACGAGCAUCUCAGGAAGGUACAAUCCGAAGCUCAAUGCCUCAGCCACUUCCAGAAAGAUUGGUGGGAGACAAACUAUCUGUAGCUGUGAGCAGCCCUGAAAUCUGUCCGCCCUCUCAGCCCCUGAAAAAAAAAAAA